AUGGCCGCGCCCAUGAAAACGCAACCAAGGAAGUGCUUGUGCAAUUAGGAUUUGUUAAACCUUUCAUCAUGCUUCUUGUCAAAAGCAAAGAACAUCUCUGAUGGUUAGGUCGAGUAAGCAUCUGAUGAUAUUCAUAUAUACAGUCCGAUAGGGAGAAUUAUGGCUGCCUAAACAGUGUUCAAUGUAUCAACAACUGGUAAGGCGCCUGAUAUCCCAAGUAACACUGACAUGUAAACAAAGCUUGCAUGUAAAAUCAAGAACAUUCCACCGUCCUAAGCGAGCAGGAAAUCUAAAGACCAUGAAGCUUGACACUCCACAGUUUCAUGGCCUCUUCAAUCCGGAGCUGAGGCAGCUCAUUAAGUACUUUGAGACGUAUAAGUAUGAGCUGCGUAUAGCUGGGGGUGCCGUGAGGGACCUGCUCCUGGGCAAUGACCCACAUGAUAUAGACUUUGCCACCACCGCCACACCAGACGAAAUGAAGGCACUGUUUGAGAGGGAGAAUGUUCGCAUGAUCAACAACAAGGGAGAGAAGCAUGGGACGAUCACAGCCAGGAUUAACGACAAAGAAAACUUUGAGGUGACAACUCUUCGAAUUGAUGUGGUGACCGAUGGCCGCCAUGCAGAAGUGGAAUUCACAACCGACUGGCAGUUGGAUGCAAACAGGCGGGAUCUCACCAUUAAUGCCAUGUUUCUAGGAUUUGAUGGGACGCUGUAUGACUACUUCAGUGGGAUGGAGGAUCUGGAACAGCGACGUGUGCACUUUGUGGGCAAUGCUGCUGAGAGGAUGCAAGAAGAUUACCUCCGAAUUCUCCGCUACUUUAGGUUCUAUGGACGUAUUGCUACGGGGCCCAAUCUCCACGAGCCUCAGACAUUGGACUCCAUCAGGCAGAAUGCAGGUGGCCUUGCUGGAAUAUCUGGCGAGCGUCUGUGGGUUGAGGUUAAGAAAAUCAUGACUGGGAAUUAUGCCGGCCCUAUUGUCCAGACCAUGACAGAGCUUGGUGUUGGUACUUUUAUUGGACUACCAGAGAAGCCUGACGUGCAGCACUUCCUCCAAGUGUGUGCACGGACAGAAGGGUUGUCUCCCUUGCCCAUGACGAGAUUGUCGGCACUACUGUCUGGGGAGAGUGAGAUGUAUGAGUUACACAAGAGGAUGAAGCUGUCAACCGAGGAGCUGAAGCUGGGUCUGUUUAUCAUACAACACCGUGACGACGAUGUUGGUGAUUCUGUGUCGAGAUACUGCCAGGACCUGAUCAUAGACACUGUUGGCCGGGAGCCCAAGGUGAAGGACAGGAUUAUACAACUCCUGGUGUAUAAAGGUGAGGGGACACAAGCAGACGAGUUUGUGAGCUGGUCCCCACCUAAGUUCCCGGUGACAGGUCAUGACCUUUUCGCUCACAACGUUCCCAAGGGACCAGUGUUUGCCAAAACCCUCAAUGAGCUCCGACAAAUCUGGAAGAAAAGCAACUGUCUGAUGUCGAAGGAGGAACUCAUUGAUAAAAUAGAUGAAGUAGUGAAACAGAAGUCUUGAUGAAGUCUUGGUUGGGAGAUGUGGGAGGUUGUCUUCUCCAAUCAGAAGAUCCGUAGUUCGGAUCCCAGAAAGGCAUGGACCAUUGUAAAACAAGUGUGACUCUGUGGUGAAAUCUGAUUGGUUGUAAACGUUAUGGAAUGGGAAAGCUUGACUUCUCACUGAAGAUGAAUACAUUUCCUGUCUUGUAUGAUGUCAUUCAUGGCAUGUCAUGACAUCAUGUGGUUCGAGUCUCAGGUCCCUCAGCCUACAUUUGCUGUGAUAAUAAUCCUUCAUUUGUCAGCACUAAACCCAUGUCUGUGGGUUCCACCUAAAUAAUGAACUUUGUGAUGUUACCAUUUACCUUUUCAAAUAGUUAAACCCAAUUCAUUUACUAUGGGAAAUAAACUCAUCACACUGGAUUUUCUAGUUUGUUUACCAGGGAGAACUGGUAUUCAAUCUCUGUAUUUCAAAUGGAAACAUAAUCUACAUGAAGUUUCUUUAAAGCUUGCUUCACUUGUCUUCAAGUGAAAAAUAGGAAUGGGUGCCAUCCCUCCUUCCUCAAAAGCCAUGAGAGAUAUUUUUACCAAACUUGGCACAUAGAUCGGUCUAGUGGUGAACUGGUGCUUUUUAAUAGUUUUGGAUGUUUGAAAAGAUUAUUUUUUAAGUUUUAAUGGCAACGGCUCUGAGAUAGACUGAAAAUGGCGGUUGUGCUAGUUUCCGGAGCAGAUCUUGAAUACUGUACAAUAUAUCUUGUCUGGCACACAACCGGACAUGUCAUCUUGGAGUGGGGUAUGAGUGUUUCAUGCUUGUUGUAUUUAAUAAAAUUGGUUCAUGUUUGUAUUAUUACGGCUGUGAUACAGAUGCAUACUUUGUAUACCUCAGAGAGACCCUUGGUAUCAGAAUUAGUCCCCAGGUAAAAGAAUUCUCAUACUAACCUACAAUCAUGAGGGGGUGUCAAUAAGCUUUGAUCCUCGUAUACAUAGAACUAAAAUAUUGUCAUAAUCUUUAAUAAAUUUGUUCCAUCUC